AUGAACGACGACGACGACGACGCGUCCGCGACGGGCGCGCGCGGGCGCGCGAGCGAUGGGACGGGCGCGCGCGAUGGGCGGGAAGGGGUCGGGGGGUCCGAGCUCGUCGUCGCCGAGGUGGACGUCGGGGCGAGGACGUCGACGGUUGGAGGACGCCCGGGCGGCGACGCGGCGGAGGACGAGGGAGCGAGCGAGUUGAAAGAGUUGUACCGAGCGUUGAGACGAGCGGCGCGAGCGCACAGGGGAGGGAGUAAGAUGGUAUCGCACGCACUCGCUGCGCACUGUCUGCGGUCGAUCAUCGCGGUGGGUGACGCGCCGGAGGAGUUGUUGGGAGUGGGGUCGACGCGAGAGCGGAGAGCGACGGCGCUGCGCGCGUGCGAAGGGUGCAUCGCGACGUUCAGCUCGAACGUCGACGCCCUGAGCGCGUCUCUGCAGGACGAUGAUCAAGUGGUGUACGAAACGUAUUUGGCGGUGAUGAAGAUCGCGGUCUUCGUUCUGGAUCGGAUCGAGGGGUGGGAUGAGGCGGAUUUGGAAGUCAAAUGCGUCGGGAGGUGGUGCGAAGUCCUGCGUGCGUGCAUCUCAAGGUGCUUCGCCGAGCCUUGGUCCGCGAAGAUCAUCGAUCGUAUGAAGUGCGAACAAGAAGACGGUGACUUGAGCGCGUUUACGUCGAGCGAAGAUGCGAUGGUGAUGAAAGCGCUCACUGAGUCUCUCGAUGACGCACACGUCACCGGUGGUGAGACUUCCAGACCGAAUGCUGAGACUGACUCAAUGUUUCUCAACCUCUAUCGCGCAAAUCUUGAUCAGUGCGUCACGUUUCUACGUCAAGCACUCGGAAAUGUGCGGAAACGCGCGGAAAACAAGCUCAAUCUAGGCGCUGGGCUGCUGACGCAUUAUUGUCUCGAGGCGCUGAGUCCAAGUACGACAGCAGAAAUGGUUGAGUGCGUUGCUUUGGAAGCUGAAAGGGCUUGUGCGCUCCUCGGGCCGCAAUUUUCCACCAACAAUUACAACUUGGUACACAUCGUCGUCGAGGUUUUCAUCAAGAGUACGGAAUGGUUGCACGUUUCAAGUGAGGCGUCAUGCGCGCUCAUGAGCGCCCUGUACUCCAUUGCAGUCUCGAGCGCGGAAAAUCUGAUCAAGGUGGACGCCGUUUUCGGCAUGUUUCCGCGGAACGAGGUAUCGAAAAGCAUCUUAAGUCGUCUUUGCAGCAGCGAUUUGGACACUCGCGACUCUGUGGUCAAGUUCCUGGAGACAAUGACGAGCAAUGACAAUGUGAACGAUAACAAUCAUGGAUACGUUCCCACGCUACUUCGGAUGGUUUUCAACGAGUUUCCAGAGUCUUUCUUGUUAGAUGAGCGCUUUGUCGCGGCGAAAGCGAACAAACUCGUUUUAGAUUCGGCACCGUUGACGUUGAUUCGACUCGGUUUAUGCUGUCAAAAGAAUGGACCGAGCGUGGUGGCGACAAGUUUGGUCGCCGCUCUGGAGCGGGCUAAAGUUUUGGCAGAUGACGACCAAGUUGCUAGAUUCAUCCCAGCUCUACGCAUCGUGAGCUUUGUACUGCGUAAGAGACAGGCCGUUAUUCGCGAUUCUUUACCGUCGCGUCCCUUGAAAAGCACUGGUGACUCGCAAGUUGCGGCUGCAGAGGUGAGGCGUCAAUCUCAACCAGUUGCUCAAAACUUAGGGCGUGAGCGCGGCGAAGAUCAUGGUGUACUCAAUCUCCAGCGAGAGUUGGAAAAUCUACUCGUGAUGCCGGAAAAUUUGAUGGACGACGAUCCCACUGAGGAAUUACUUGAAAGAAGGCUUGCGCGAUUAGAUACUGUGCUUGAUGCAGCUGUGGCAACACUCGCCGCUGAUCAACCACCGCCCGACGUUGAGAAUACUGGUCAGAGAAAUACCCUUCCAGCUUUAUGGGGAAGGCUUCUAGCCUCUGACGAAGGGGCUCGACUGGUUACGCGAGAAAGAACAUUGCUGGCAAAUCAUGAGAACGAUGACGAAAUAGAUUCCAACGUCGCUCACGGCAACGAGGACACGGUGGACGUGUCGUCCGGCCUCUGCACGUUCGUGACAAGUGGAGAGUCGUUUCAAGAACAGCAUUGGUACUUUUGCUACGACUGUGAUCUCGUCGCGAGCCGUGGAUGUUGCAGUAACUGCGCGAAGACGUGCCAUAGCGGCCAUCGGGUGGUCUACUCGAGGAAAUCAAGAUUUUUCUGUGAUUGUGGUGCUGAUGGAGCGAGUCCGGCGCCGCAUAACAGGUGUUAUUGCUUAAACAGACGCGAUUUAGACGAUGUGGGUUCGCGAAGAGCGAGUUCUGAGGGAGAAAGGAACCAUUUUGAGAUCGAGCCAUACAGUGACUCUGAGGGAGAUGACGAUGAAGAAUCUCACGAGCCAAAUAUUGCGCGUCGACUGUGCUCUGCAUCAGCACUUGAAGAUUUACGGGUCGCCUUGGACGAGGCGAACGUGACUGAGGCGUUAGAGAGUGUACUCGUUUCAUGGUUUAAGCCGCUUUAUGACGAAGAGGUGACGCGAUCCGACCAACAAUCGACUUCAACAAGUUCACGUGAGGUCAUGGUCACAGAUGCAAAUCACACACUGCAUGUCGCCCGCAACUUCAAGGCAGGAUCGUUCGAGGUAGGGCCUCCACCAACGCGAUUGCAAGCGCAGGAGUUCAUGUUACAAGGUAUCAUCGUUCGAAAUGGCGUCGCUUGUGCGAGAGACGGAUAUCUUGCCAUUGCGGAAGGUGACAAGCUUUCUAUUCUCGAUGCGAAUGUAGUCGUGGGAGCGCAGUCAGCCAACACGGAGAGUAGAUCGGUCCGUCUCGGCGAUAAGGUGGGGAUUAAACCAUGCUCGAGAAACUUAAUCGGCUUUGACGUAAUGAACGUUACAUUCAACCACUCGAACAAGGAUUAUCUCGCCGUCAUAGGCUUACAUGAGAUACAGAUUUGCACUCUGAGUGCCGGUGGAGAAAUUCUGGACAGAUUACGUUUGGGAGCCCCAGAUGGCGCUCUUGAAUUCGAUCUCAUCAUAAAUGCCUUUUGGGUUCCGGGCCACACAUCUUUCUUUGCUACUGCCUCACCCAAUCGCACCUCUGUAUACGAUUUGAGUCGCAGUGCGUGCGUCCCUGUGUGUACGGUUUCUUGUCAACCAGACGACACCAUCACAUCAUCGGUGUGGCUUGACUCUCCGCUUCGUGGUCACUUGUGCAAUGUCGUAACGACGACCAAAGGUCGCAUUCAUAUCAAUGAUGUGCCGAUGAAGCCCCAAGGUGGACCGCUUUUCCAUUUGAAGGACCACUGCAACAGAAUCUGCGUUGACAGUCGGCAAAAAGUACACAUCGCUACAUAUUCAGAGACACACGAUAUGGUCACGAUCAACACACGGGAAGGCGACGUUAUUAUGUGCCGUGUCGUUCGCAGCGCGUCGCAGUCGAACGUGUCACUCGAGGUUCAGAAAACUCUGAGCAUAGGCGACAACAAAUGUUCGAGAGUGAUCGAUUUUUGUUUGCCAAAUACAGCGGGGCCGGAUGCUACGCUCCAGCGACCGAGACGGGUCUUCAUUCGCGUGGAUUCCACGGGCGAAUCGUCGUCUCUUCUCGUCGUCGAUAGAAUGGAUGUCAAACAGAUUUUCGCUGCCGCAUCGUCUUCAAUCGUGGUUGGUUAUGCGGGCUACCAGAGGACAGGUGCAGGGGAAUUUCCAUCUGCACUCAUCAUUUUGAGAAGUGACGGCUCGAUGCAAGUCAAUUCGUACGAAGGAGUGCACUCGUUGCCAACACCGAAAAGUGAUUUCAUCGAUGCGAAAGAUGACAGACCGUCGAUGGAUUGGAGUGUGUUUCCGUACAAUUUCUUUGAAAAACUUGUGAGGGUGACACCGAGUAUUAAUUUUGGCGGAUCUUUCAAUCGAGGUUCACUUCCAGCGGCGAUAAGUAGCAUCUUACAGUCAGAAGACGGUCAUAUCGAGUCACCUAACUCAGGUGACGCGAACCUCACGCUAGAGCUACCACAUGGAGAUCAACGCGUCAUCAGAGGAAUUCGAUUACAUCUAGGUGGCAUGACUGUGCAGUCCUAUGCACCUUCAAAGCUUAUUCUUCCCGGUGGGCGAUGCGUCAAAUUUGAACGUGAAGCAAAGAGGUGGUACGACGUUCCUCUCACGUGUGCAGAAUCCAUGGCAAUUCAUUCUAGUGCUGAACCUAUGAAACUCACUUUUGUUGCGGAGUCCAUCAACCAGCUGUGCAUUCGAGUCGAUAGGAUCGAGGUAUACACUUGCGAAAAAUCUACUCUAGAUGUGGAUGUGCGAAGCGAAAACGAGAAUGAGGCUCAAGCCAUUCACAAAGCACUCACUUCUCGCAGGAACAGAUCGAGGCGACACUUCAUACGUAAGAGUGACAACGAUACGACAAAUUCACCGAUGUGGUUGAGUGGUACGAUCGCGAUUAUCCAGGCGCUGCGACACUGCGAGCUUGAUUUGAAAUCAAGUAAACUUCGAGUUUGCUACGAGUCGAUGUUGAAGAAAAAGUGCUUCGUCACCUUGGAAUCACGCGCGCAUCGAUCCGUCUACUUCAUAGCUUGGAAAGUGUUAAGCAAACACACGCGUGAGAGUAUGCUCACAGCUGCGAACAUCAAAGAUAACUCCACGCUGCUCAUCGGGCACAAGGUUGCCGAAAGAAUUUGUCCUCAAAUUCUUUCACAGCCACUCUGCGUCACGGAUGAUGAUCUUUUCGAGUAUUAUUGCGCCUUGCGAAAGCUGGGUCGUCUCGCGAUCAGAAGGCCAAACGCACUGUUGGACUCUUCGCCGUAUCUGGCGCUUUUGGCAGACUGCCUGCCGGCAAUGCUCACAGUAGGCGCCGGUGCUUGGGAUGCGUACGAGGUUGUUCCGUACAUCGUGCACGCCCUCGUGGCAAUUCUCAUGCACGAACGUGACCCCAAACUCGUUCGAUGUGUACAUCGUUUGAUCGAGUCAGACCGAACGGAUAUUCGUCAAGCAACCAUGGAAACUCUGCUCUGGCAUCUUGUCACGGCGAGUCCUGAAGUCAGCUUGGAUAAAGCCCGCCACUUGUCAAAGGGAAGAACUGAACUCAGGCAUGAAAAAUGCUCACAAUCCAGUGGAAUCAGGGAUCUGGUGUCGGCCAUCAUGAAGACCAGUGAUCAGACUCUGCACAGCUCCAAAGCAAUUCUCGUUCGCUCAUUAUGCGAUGUGUAUCCGGAGUGCAUCAAUUACGAAAUGUGUAAGCUCCCACCCCUACGCGGGGAUGUUCUCAAGCAUGACGCAGUCACCUGGAGACUUGCAAUUGCGGCUGAGUGUUCGCAAUUACAAGAUAUCAAAGCGAACGACGCACGAGAGGCACUGUUGCAUGCAUAUGCAUUGGUUUGUGAUUUGCUAAGACGCAGUGAUAUGCGCGAAGUGGAGGAAAUGCCAAAUGAAGAAGGCCAUGGAGCACUGCUCAAGAGCAUCGGCGCCACGGAGAAGACGUUCGAUACAAUCAUCAGCGCCCUUGAUUCCACUAUACUGCAUGCGUCGACGCACCUACGUGCACUCGACGUGGAGGAGCUACCUGAACGUGAGAAGCACGAUUGGCUCACAGUGUUGUCCCGCGUAGCUGCGCUCAUACCGGCAGGUCGCUCUGACAACGCUGUUUUGAUGUUGAAGCAACUCGUCCAGGAUGAUGAUAGUGACGGUGGUGUGAAAGUCUUGGUGCGGGCUGGGAGUUUGCUAAACUUUACACAUACUCUUCAGAAGCUCACGAAGCAAAGUUUCACAUCCCCGUGGUACGCGGACGAAGUCUCUUACGAUGAGUUGACGCAUAUGAAGGACGUUAUCACACAAGCUGUCGCAGUUGCAAAAGAGGACCGCGCAAGCUUGCGCUACUUUCUUGAAAACAUCGAAUUCGCCACUGAAUUCAUCGCCAGUCUGAUGAAAGCCACGCCACAUCUGCCGAGUAUUUUCGCCACACGAGCGUGCGAUCUGAUCUCUUGCGUCGUGGAAGCGCUCAAUUUUGAAGGCUCAAACAGCGCCCUCCGUACUUCAAUUAUGCGGGAAAUCAUCGAAGAUCUGAGCAUCAUCGUGAACAAAUGCGCGCUCGCUGCUGUCGAAUCCGAAACCCGUACAUCCGCGAUAAAUAUCUUGAAGGUUAUUUGGUAUUCAUGCGAAACAUAUCGAGAUGAUGUCAUGGGCGUCUUGAUGUCAUCGAUGGGAAACGUCAGAGAUUUUGGCCAUCGCGCAAACGAGUUACUGGAAUUCAUGAAGAGCAUCAUCAUGACAGACACGGAUGCCAUCUCCUCGCACCAGUCAAGCAUCGAUCAAUUUUGUGGCGACCUUAAGGACGUACUUUUGCGGGUCAGUGAUCAUCCAAGAGCCGACAUUUACCGGGAGUUGAAGCAACGCCAAAUUUUACUCGGAGAUGCGGCCGAUGAGUACUGGUUGGAGACCGACUCAAGCAUGCGAGACAUAGCUUCUUACAUCGCAUGUCAGGAUUUCACUAAUCACUCACUGGAUACAUUGAAAAAGAGUCAAGCGUUCACGAAAAACAGUGCCAUGACAAAACUAAAGGAGUCGAUGACGAUAGACUCCAUUUCCACGAGUAUAACAGAGCUGAAGACAUAUAUCCAUGUGAAGGAAGUUGAAGUUUGGCGCACGACGCUGAACAAGGACAUGAAUGCCAUGCGCAUGUUCGAUCCUUCUCGGUGGCAAUAUCUCGGAACCCUGCGAUACUCUGCCACGGCGCGAACGGCUGAGCUCAAGUUUGACAUACCAGUCGAUGCAGCGGCGUUGAACUUCGUGUUUAAGUCUUUCCACGAGAACCUCCAAGCAAAGAUGAUGACCAUUUUGCAGUGUCCACGAUGUGCUCGACAAGUCACGGACACGAAACAUGGAAUCUGUACGAACUGCCGCGAAAAUGCGUAUCAGUGUAGGCACUGUCGAAAUAUCAAUUACGAAAAGCUCGAUGCGUUCAUUUGCAGCGAAUGCGGACACUGCAGGUAUGCCAAGAUUCAAACAAUUUUGCACGCACAUCCGUCAUUGUGUAGACGUUACCCACAGUUGCGGAAUGAAGAAGAUCUCUCCGAUGCAAUUCAAGAACUGAAGUUGCAAUCAGAGACCGUGCGGCGUCUCAACGAGAGUAUCAGUUCGACUGCUAAUUCUAUGAGACGAGCUCUUUUCGAGCAGAGUGACGGAUCGGGCGAUAUUGAGCAUUUAUUCAAUUCCGUCAGCAAAGGACAACGGAUUGAACUCAUCGCUGCAAAGUAUAAAAGUAAUGCGAUUCGCAACUCGAUUUCGCUAUACUUGUCAAACGCCGAUUCGGAGAGCGUCCAACGCGCCGAUGUGUUCUCCAGCCAUUACGGAACGUGUUACGACUAUCUUCAAUGCGCGCUGAAACUUUGCACCAGCCUCUCGCGAACUCCUCUCGGAGUGCGUACGCUCAGCAACAGCAGCUUGCACAAGUAUCUUUUCGAACGAAUGCUCAAUCCCCUCACAUCUGGAUGGCGUGCGUGCGAAACGGUGCGUACGAUUCUAUGCAACAUAGCAGCGCGGAAUGAGGAAGUUUCAAUGUAUCUCUGUCAUGCAGCAUACGAGCGGGCAACGCAAGCUUUGUUUCAGAACAAUGCGUGGCACAGCUCCAUGGUUUCGCAAAACAAUCAAGAUAUUCUCCUACUCAAGGAGCUAGUCCAUUCGAGCACGUACCGCGUGGAAGCUGGUAUUAGUUCAAAGCAAGGUAAUGAGCGCGUGUCUCUGAUGAAUCUCGCGUGUCGGACGCUCAGUUCAGAUCAACUGGUGGCAAACGCAGCUCUGGCGGAGAACACGGUGUUGCCUGCGCUCGGUCUCGUCAAACAAGGAAUGACAAACUCUUUCAUUCUCGAAGAGAUUGUUGCGGCCACGACUUCGUGUGCAAAUGCGGACAAUCAACUGAACGAAUGGAUCGUAUCGCAAGGAGCCGGUGAUGGAGACGCUCGUAGUGUCUCUUGUUUGCUUCCAUGGCUCAUCUGCGCGUUGCGCAGCGCAUCAAAACUCGUCCGCCACGAAGUCAUGCAAAUUCUUGAGCAUGUCGUGCGAGAAGACAUGAACGUAAAAGUUGGAAGUUUACUGCUGCGUGCAACACCUGAUUCCGAGCACGUCGCACACUCAGACUUUCUUAGCGCAUUAAGCCUCUGUGUUUGCAAUGAGGCGACCAUUGCAGAGUUUACCGACUCUCACCAACUCGCGGAGAUUCUUUUGGCAAUGCUUCAGAAGGAGCUUGACUUUUGUUCCAAAUACACCGUGUCUGAGAAUGCUUUGUUUGCAUCGAUAAACGUGGACGUUGCGGCGGGUUUACAUUCCGUUUCACUUCUUCUCAAUGAUGUUUUUGCGGAGUCCAAGCAGUUUAUGAACAAAUUCACUGAAAAGGGGCUAGAGACGCUCGUACGGACGACUCUCUGCGCUCGCGCGCUGCGAUUCAGUCAAGCUCCGAGCGCAAUCAGUGCUUCUGAUACGUUUGAUCAUCUUCUGUCAAUGUGCGAAGAUGCUUCGGAGCUGAUGCGUCCUCAGAUUGCAAGAAUUUGCGUCAAGCUAGCUGAAGCCCACACUGGACUAAACAUGGUCUCUGACAGAAAUCUGCUGCCUUUGCACGUUAUUUUGGGCGAACUUGCGAUGCUAGUGCUACCCAAAGCACCGCCCGUCAAGGUGUAUCUCUUGAGGUUGCUCAAAAGUGCGACCCAGGAAGAGUUCAUUCCCGGGACCAUGGCACGAAAUCCAUACUCGACGGCACAGAUGAGCGCUACUCCACUGAUGCGGGACGUUAAGAAUCUCAUAUGUCGCGAACUUGACAUGCCUGGUCUUGUUGAAGAUGAUUUUGGUAUGGAGUUACUCGUCGCGAAUCAAAUCAUCAGUUUGGAUUUGUCCGUAGAGGAUGUGUUUGAGCGAGUUUGGAUACCCUCGUUAUUCAACGGCGCGACACGGCAUCGAAGCGCUUCUUCGACGGACCCCAUCGGGCCACCGAUGGCGGUGACUUUCCGUUUAAGCGGCUUGGAUGGAGAAGCGACAGAGGAACGCGUAGAUGAACUUGCACCGGUUCAACAUGACGAUGAGGAUGUGGAGGCUAAGUUUUCUGGAACAAAAAUCUUCCAAGAGGGGAAUGGCUUCAGAACGUUGAUUCAACUUUUGCCAAAGAUUCGAGGCAACUCAUCACUGCAACGUGCCAGCGGUGGGGCGAACGCUUACGUGCAAUUAUUCGAUAUCCUUCACUCGGCUUGCUACAUAAAGAAAAACAGGCAGAGUAUGCUUGCAACUGGAGCGUUACCGAGCAUAUUGGACGAGUCGGCGCAGGCGUUCACUCAGAAUGCCCGCUCUGGUAAAGAACUUCUACCGAUCAUUGAGUCGUUACUCACAGAAGAACAAGACGAUGUGGAACAAGGAGUGAUGAGUGAGGUUCAUCAAUCGUCGUCAUCGAACAGUCUUCUCGCACGUGAGCUCGAGGGAACAAGUAUUGCACCACUACGAACUGGCUCUCCUCGACUUCAUAAGAGUGGCUCGUCGUUGCACACAAUCGCCUUAUCAAAUCGUGAUCAAGAUACGAACCACGUGGCUAUCUUCUUGGCUCAACUCAGACAGUGCAUUAACGAUCGUGAAAAGCACGAAGCGGACAUUCUCGCACGUGUCAUUCCUAGACUCGCUGGAUCCACGAGUGAGUCGAGGAAUACGAUGGCCAAAACGUUUGACGAAUCUGUUCGCAAGCUCAUCGAGCUCGAUGCGAUGAGCGAUGAUGACGCGCAAUUUGGAGAGCUGCAACUAGAGCUCGAGUGCUCGGCAAGACUUGCAGAGGCCAUUCCACGAGAUGUUUCGGGUCGACGCGUGCUUGAAGCCAUAAAAUCUGAAGGCACAGUCUCCUUCAUAAUGAAGUACAUCGUGUACGAAGCUUUCGGUGCCGAAGGCGCUCGGCAACGUGGUACAUCGAGUUGGACCGGGGCAAUCGAGCGUGCUGGAUUACCACUCGCUCUUGAGCUCCUGAAUGGCGUUGCUGAAGGUUACGUACUCGACAUGGAAGAGCAUCACGAUUUACUGGAUUUGCUCCACAAACUCGAAUCUGUCACCGAGCGUAACGUGGGAACUUUGUCAGAAAAUUGCUUGGAGACGUUCGCGAGCAGUUCUGAUACAGUGAAAACGUGCCUUGAAGGUAUGCGAGCCGCGACGCGCGAAGAAAAUCGACGAAAAGCGCACAGAAAGCGGGAGCAAAUGUUGGCAGAAAUGGGUAUGAAGGUCAUAACAAAUACUUCAAGUCCCGGAGCAUCGACGAUCGGCGUAUCCGCUUCACCAAGGUCUCUCCAGGGAUACGAAUCGAUGGCCAUCGAGAAUGAAGAUGACUCCAUAGUCUGCAGAGUAUGUUUUGAAGGUUAUUCCCUGAAGCCAAACGAGCUGCUAGGCAUAUAUUGCUUCAAUAAACUCACAUCAACGCCGUCAGCAAACGGGGAUGUGUCUCACACUGUGUGCACUGUAUCACAUUUCAACGCAAUUCACUUUUCGUGUCAUCAGUCAGCAAAACGCGCCGAUAUUGCGCUGCGCGUACCAAAACGAGAGUGGGAAGGGGCUGCGUUACGUAACAGUGAGACUCUGUGCAAUAACAUGCUUCCCAUCAUGGGAACGAUGGUCGCAGAUGCAACAUACACCUCUGCCGUCGAAACUUGGUGGCAAAAUUGCUUCUCCAUCGGAGCUUUCAUUUCUCCACCAACGCGAGCGAGACAGGUCGCUUGGGAUAUCGGUUUACUUCUAGGUCGGUUCGCUAUGAACGUUUCUUUCAGUAUCGAUUGUCGCGGCGGUGGCAAGGAGAGUAACAUGAACCUUUUGCCUUACAUGAUGCGGCUCCUCGUGCAUCAAGUCUCGCUGAGCCCAACUAAAGGGUUGGAGGAACUCAACGGUUUGCUCUCUCGCUUGUCCGGCGAGGACGAGUUGUGGGGAGACAAGGAAUCGAGUUUCUCUCCGGUGCUCCCAGCCGCGCUCGUGCUUUCUCUUGUGUCGUGGUCCAACGAAAAAUGGAGCGCCGCUCGAAGAAACGUGUUGAUCGCCGCGGUGCGGCACGCGAAAAAGUAUGGAUGCACACAUAUUUCAACGUACGCCACGAAUGAUUCGGCGGCAGUCUGGGACGAUUUCGAUGCGUCCGAACGUUUUAAUCGGCUCAAGCCGAUGCUCAUUUACGUCGGUCUGGUGAACAAGCUGUACGAAUGGUUCAAACCGGCUCGACGUGAGUUGGGAAUUGCCGUGAACAUUUCCAAACCGGGUGCUCACUCCUCGCCGCCAACCGAUGCACUGGAAGUUGACACACUGAGCGGGCGACUUUGUGAUAUUUCUGCCAUGAUAGCCAGCGCCAAGGAUGUGCUCGAAUGGCUCGACGAGGCUCACGAUUCAAACGACGAUCAAGAACUCCUCGACGUCAUGGAAUGCCUCCCGGCUGCGAUGUGCCCAACGGUUGAUGAGUUCCUCACCCGAGCGCUCGCGUCGAAUCCUUGA